GUGGCAUCUACAGACUCUUGAGGAGUGUUACAUGUUAGGGCUUAUGAUUCCCGCGACUCGAACAGGAAGAUCGUCACAAAAUGCCGCUGUCCGCGAGGAAUUUAAAUAUGUGAAGCCUGACAGCAUAAGCGAGGACUAUUUCUGUCCUAUAUGUCAUGAAGUCUUCGAUUCUGUGAAGCGAACGCGAAGAUCUCCUUGUCAGGAAUGUGAGCUGCAAAAUGCAAGCAAGACCCAAAAUGAAUUGGACUGUCUAGAAGUUUUUUGUCCGUACUCACCUGAAUGCGAGUGGCAGGGAACAAGAGCGGAACUCAGAUACCAUCUCCAAGUUGAUUGCCAGUAUGCCCCUGUAAACUGCAAUGAACAUGAAGAUCAUCCCGAUUGUAAAGAAGUCCUACCGAGAAAGAAUAUAGAAAAACAUCGACAAGAGUGCGCUUAUAAGAUGAUAGGCUGCCCGCUACGCUGUCUUAAAAAGUUUUAUUCUAGUGAAAGAGCCGAGGCUCAUUGUAGGGAUGAAUGUAUUAAUCGCGAAACCGAAUGUGUACUGUGCAAUCAAAAGUUUCUUUUCCAUCAGUUAAAUGAUCACGAUUACGUGUGUCAUAGGAAGGUCAUUACAUGUCCACAUCGUAAUAUCUUUGGGAGUUUUGGUGGUUGUAAUGAGCAAUUUGAGAGACGGAACUUAGCCGCACAUUUGAAUGGAUGUAAAUUUGAAGAAUUUAAAGAAGUAUUUCGCGCGAUCAAUCUUCAUAUGAUGACUCUAGAGAGGAAGAUAGAACUUCUGCAACGUGGGUACAAGGAAGAAUUAAUCGCUUUAUCAACUUUAAAGUUGCAUGCAAUUGACGUGAAAAGUUCGGAGCAGCUUUGCACUAUAUUAAAAUAUAACCCAGCAGUAAGAUGUCUCCAUCUAGUAGACUUUCAACCGGGAUAUUCAUGGCAAUUGUUGACGGAGGUGAUAGCUUCAAGUGAAACAAUAGUGACUCUAAAUCUUCAAGGGAGUGAGAUCGAGAAAGUUGGUGCAGUGCUCCUUUCGAAAGCAUUAAGGAACAAUACUACCGUUCAGUCACUUAAUCUGACUGAGAACGAAAUUGGCGACCAAGGUAUUGAGUUUAUUUGUAAAUGCCUAGAGGUAAACAAGACAUUGCGACAUCUUGACUUGUCUGGCAAUAUGAUUACUGAUAAAGGCGCAGAAUUACUAUCGCGUGCAUUAGAAGUCAAUUUUACAUUAGAGUCAUUGGACUUAUCUUGGAAUCACAUUCGCAGCAAAGGAAUGGAGACGUUGUCAACAGCGUUGAGUGGUCCUCAGUCUAACUUACAAAAUCUUGAUCUCAGUCAUAAUGACUUUGGGUAUAAAGGUGUUGAAUAUCUUGCUACAUCAUUGGAAACUAAUAAAUCACUCAUAAAUCUUAAUAUUAACCACUGUAAAUUGGGUAACAAAGGCAUCGAAUCACUUGCUAAAGCCCUAGAAAAAAACACUUCAUUACAAAAGCUUAUUCUGAGUGGAAAUAGUAUUGAUGAUCACGGAGUCGAGAGUCUAUCAAAUGGAUUGCUGUUGAAUACGAGUCUGCAGGUACUUAAUUUGGAUGAUAAUGUCAUUGGAGACAUUGGAGCAGAGUAUGUUAUAAAAGCUAUGGAUAAAGCGGCUGUUGCGUUUACUCAAAGCACUGGUUUUAAUGAUAUUACGAGAACACUAUUCUUCCGUCGCAAUCAGAUCAGCAGAAAUGGUCUAAGAAUUGCAACAAAAGGAAUGAAAUUUGUCCAUGUCAUAACCGAUCGAGGGGAGUGGUAA